GCUGUGAACACGCACGUCGAAGCUCUUUGUAAUAGCUGUACCACAGCGUUUACAACAGAAACACUAACACACAUAUAUACAUGUACUUGGGAGCCAGGCGUGAGUGAGUGUGCUGUGCUGGUUUAGUUUCGUUUCUUGCAAGUGCGUGCUUGGUUUGUUUUUACUACGACGAGAAAGAAAAUAAUUAUUGAUUGUUGUGACAAAAAUAUAUAGACAACAAUGCGUGCUAUACUACUGCUGUUGAGUAUUCUACUCGGUGUCGAUGCCAAGCUGUCAAUUGAUGCUAAGAUUCGCGAGGAUCCCGACUUGUCUGAGUUUUGGGUUCGACUGGAGAGCAACCCCAUCGCCAAUGCGACGCUGAUGCACAGGAGCGUGACGGUGUUCGCGCCCAUCAAUAAGGUUUUUCAGGAUAUCGUACCUUCCGGCAAAAAUGCCCAUGUCAAUUCCAACGAUAUCGACAAUUUAGUACUAUAUCACAUAUCGAACCAAGCACUGAAGACUGAGCAAUUCGGCCAGCUUCUGUCGUCGGAGUUGGAGGGUAAUCCACCACUGUGGGUGACGAAACGCGGCAGGCCAGGCUACGAGGAGGUGUUCAUCAACAACGCGCAGAUCGUCGAGGCCGAUUACGAAUCGAUCUCCGCGACCGGCUCCAAAAAGAAACAGGUGCUGCACAAGAUCAACGAGAUCCUCGAGCCCGUGCAGACGCGUGGAACCACCGAGCUGAUUUACAACCCCGAUGCCUUUCAAUUUCUCAAUCAGAGCGAGAACCUGGACCUCGGCUCGCAUCGCAUUCGCACCUUCCAUCAGCGAGUGAAGAUCACCCGUAAAGAGAAUGUUUUCAGCUCGGCCGACAAGUACACUUUCUUCAUACCUGUCGACGAAGGCUUCAAGAGACGAUUUUCGUUGCAGCCGUCGCCGCGAUCCAACAAGGUCGACUCGCAAGUUAUCGACGGUCACAUUAUACCACGUCACGUACUUUUCACAGCGCCGACCCCAAGCAAUCGACCAUACGAGACUCUUGCGUUCGGCGACAAUCUCAAGGUUACCAUUAGCUUCUCCACCGAGCGAACCAACAAAGGCACCGACAAGUACUACGUCAAGUCGGACACGUUGAUAGGAGACUCAACGCAUCCAACGGCAUCGGUGUUGGCUGAGAUUGUCAAGCCAAACAUUCCCGUGCGCAAUGGUGUUGUUCAUCUGAUUCAGAAUCCACUGAUGGUUGUCGACAAUACACUCGAGGAUUUUAUUCAGGACAAGGAGGACGGCCCACUGUACAAGUUCUACGAGGUGAUACGUGACCAAGGCGAUCAGUUCAUGGCGUCACUGUCGAAACUCACCAACGUCACGCUUUUCGCACCGCGCAAUGCUGCCUGGGACGAGCCUGGCGUCAAGAAGAUUCUACAAGACAAAGAGCGCAUCAAGGAUCUUCUGAAUCUUCAUUACACUAAGGAACUUUUGCCGCUCAAUGUCAUCGAACGCAAAACUAUACACAAGCCAGAAUGGUCUAAAAAAGCGCCUUAUGCGGUGAACUCUGCGCACGAGCGCGCAAGCUUGUAUUUCAACGCAGUGGAGAGCUCGCCGGGCAACAGCACAGUGACGGUGGAAGGUGGCGGCGUGAACGCGACCAUCAUCACGGCCAACAUCGGCGCGACAAACGGCAUCAUUCACAUCAUCGACAGAGUACUUGGAGUUCCUUACACCACCAUUCUCGACAAGCUCAAGAGCGAUCCGAAUCUCAACAUGACGUAUCAUUUGGGCAUGAAGCACAACUUCAACGAGCUCCUCGGUGACCUGAAGAAACGCUACACGUUUUUCGCGCCCUCGGACAAAGCCUGGCAAAAUUUACAGAUCCUGCAACCAUCGAUCUUCAAAAAGCUAUUCAUGGACGACUACGCAUAUCACGCAAGGCAGAUUUUAGAGAAACACCUAGCCGUGGACGAUGCAUUCAAGAUGAAGCAGUUAGUAGAGAUGAGCCAUCGAACGCAAGACUCGAACAUACGUUUGCGAGCUAUGAGGUCGACCAUCGACAUCAAAGUCAAAGAAACUUCCGAUGUCGACGACAAGGUCUUUGACGAAAACGCGAUUGUCCGUCCAAGCAACGGCGGUCAAAGCAAGCGUCUGAAUGCUUCCAGACCUCUGAAAGGUGCUGGCUACAUGAUCAACUGGAAGGAGAAGAAUAUCAAAGUAGUGAAGCCAGACGUGGGUUGCACCAACGGCGUGAUCCACGUGAUCUCGGACGUGAUGCUAAAGGAAAUGGACGUGUACGUGACGGGUAGCAACGGUGCCUCGAGUCCAGCCGUGCCGAAUCUUUUGAUGGUUCUCGUGGGCAAGUUACUGCUGGCGCUGCUGUUGCUACUGUAAACGGAGGAACAGGGGCUUUCCGAGCAGUCUCUCGAUGUGCCUAAAUUCGCGACGAUGCUUUGAUCCCAAAGGACGAUAGCCUAUUAUUUAUUAUUGUGCGUGCGUGAGUCUAAUGUACAAGUGUGCUAGGGAUAUUUCGAGAAAGAGAGAGAACGAACGAGCGAUGUAUAAUUGUAGCGGUUAUAGGCCUCUAAUCGCGUAUAUAUACUCAUCGUGCUAUUCGAAGGGCCGUUUGGGGGGUUUACUUAAAUGAAAGCGACUCGGCUCUUUGAAUCUUCUGGUGUGCUCGCGACCGUCUCUCUAAUCAAAAGAUACCUUGUGUUUUGCUUUCCUCUCUCGCUCUCUUUCUUUCGAGGAUAACAAUAUCGAUACCGUUCACUAAUGCAUAAUUUCGAAUUGUCAAAGUAUAUGAAUUAUCGAGUCUUGCUAACUGUAUUAUAAGUGUCGAGCUAUGUCUAUUUACCAAAGAUACUGCCAGUUAGACAUUGCGGGGAGAGCACGAAGCGCUCGAAAUGUUUUUCUUUCUCCUUUUGUUUACAAUGAAAUGUAACGAUCAAAAUAAUCACGGGGAGGUCCGAUCUUUCAUAUGUACGUGAAAAGAAAAGUAUUACGAUGUUGAGAUUGAUUGUGUACAAACAUUUCUGUAUAAUGUGUAGAAAGCUGAAUUCACGAGAUAUCUUUUCUUCAUUGUCUUUGACACCGUGCAUAGAUUUUGUUAAAUGAACGAUAAAAAUUACAAGUCGCUAAGGUGGAUCAUAGACAUUCUCUUUUUUACAGAGCUUUUUAUACAUACGUUCGAGAAACCAUGGAAAAUCGACAUCACACAACGCAUUGUUCACAUCUGCCAAGUAGAUUUUAUGCACGUUAAAUGGUUUAUGAAAUUAUAGCAAUUCACUUCGUCUAAUCGAUCUUGUUUUGUCAAGAUAAAAUUUAUAUCUAUACAGGUUUUUGGAUGCCGCGUGUAAAUACGUUGAAAUGGCAUGGUUGGUAUCGAUUUUCCGCAUCAAAUCGAAAUAAAUCCCCUCGAUUCCAUUAAAUUUGGCAAGGACAUAACAAAACAAAAAGCAUGCGUUAUUGUAAAAGUUACUGCUGCAGCGCAUCUCGUGUUCAUAUCCAACUUAUUGCCCGAUUUACGGUUAAAAAGUUAGUCAAAUUUUUCUUCUUGUUGGUUUGAAAGUGAUGCCGUUACUAGUUAUGGAAAAAUAUUGAUGAAAAACGCCGAAAGCCGAAGAAACCUUUUAUGUCUCGCGAGUAUAGACGAUAGCACGUGCAAUUGCGUUCAAUUGUCGAUACCUCUGAUAAAAUGAAAAAAUCUAAAAAUUUAACUAAGAGUCGAUGUUACGUAUUGAUAUCAAUAUAUACAAAUAUAAUAUAUGACAUUGAAGAGAUAUAUUGCUGAUUAUCUAUAGAGAAGAAAGUAAAUUAAUUUAAAAGUUGAAUGAAUUUUGAGAUUAAAAAAUAAUAAAUUUAAUGCUACCUUUGAAAAUUGAAUGGAACUUUACUCACUUCAAUAUUUUAUUGAAAUUUUAUUGUAUCAUCUGAUAUGAUUAUUGUUCUUUUACUACUUAAAGGGCAUUAAAAUAACUUAAUUUAGUUUAAUAACUGCAUUAAAAAAGAAGCAUAAAAUUGUAUGAAAAAGCCGAACAAAGAUUAAUAUUGAUUCUUGAAAGAAAGUCAAAAUAAUAACAAAAUUAUUAUCAGAUGAUAAAAACCCGUUGUUGCAACUAUUAAUAAAUAGUAUAACGAUAAAAGUAACUAUAAAACCUAUAUUUAAAACAUACAUUCAUCACUAGAGAAUAAAAUUUACUCUUUGUUCAUUACGGAAAAAAGAUGAGAGUUGAUAAAAAUAAUAAACUUCAUCUCUUUGUAUAGAUGUCUAAAUGUUCAAGUAUGGGAAAAAGUCUUCAAUUUUCAUCCAUUUCACUGUUAUUAAAAUCGUGCAUAAAAAUAAUCACAAUUGUGAUCUUAAAUAAACAUAAUAAGUACACACUAGGAAUUGGUGAUUAGUAAAUGCGUGUCCAUAGGGGAGUCAAGUUAAAAGCAAAGUAAAAUUUUACUUCACUUUGCUUUUGUCGUCAUCAUUAGUAGUUUACGAAAGAAAAGGAAAGUUACAUGCUCGAUAUCGUUAAGUUCAGCACAGGUUUGCAAUUCUUUAAUUAAAAAAUAAAAUCUAGGCACUCGUUUCCUGCUCGCUAUUCUACGCCAAAUAAAAUAAUAAUAUAAUGCAUUUACAGAAAAAAGAAGAAAAAAAAAUACAUACACACGGUAACUCGAAUGAGAAUAAAAUGAGUCAUAAACUUAGAUUAGAGGGUAUGAAAUAAACGUGUUAUCUCCUGAGAAACUUUUUGAAGGAGCUCGAAUCUAUUUCGAAAACCUAUGUAUAUAUAUAUUGUACACCAAGGAUUUUAUUGUAAAACUAUCACUCAGACGAUAACAAGUACUUUGCAUAUCCUUACUAACACAAUCGGCAGAUUUAACGUGACCUAAGAGAAAUGCGUAAAAGGGAAAACAGCCAAGUGAGAAUGUUUUUUAAUAUUGAAUAAUAAAUGACGACAAGACUCGUAAUUUACAAAUAAAUGAAUGAUCCACCCAUAGAAACCAAUGGCAAUGUUAUGAUCGAUUGCGACGAAUGGACUGACAGGAUAUUGAUGAUUUUUUUGAGUACACACUAAAUAAAAGUGAAUUCGUCAACUAAUAUGAAUCACAAUUUAAAUGUUAAAAGUCCAGUCAGUAUUAAGAAGUCACUUGACACUUUUCAAAUGCGAACUCUGGUGAGAUCUUAGAACAACAGAAGCCGAUGCCUGCGAGUAUAGUCCAUAAAUUAAAAAGGUCUCUUCUUUUGAAGGGCUACUCGGAGAAAAACGUUUCGAUAGCAUGGAAUUUUUAAGUAAGUUUUGCUAAUAAACAAAAAAGUGCGCGUCUUUUUGAUAGAAAAAAAAUUUUACGACAUAAAAAAAUAAGAUAAAAACAAUGCGUACGCUUGCGAGGAUACAUUAAAUUAAACUGACGUAUUUCCCCGAGCUUGUUGAGCGUUUCUUUAGAUGAUAACAUUGUAUUUGUAAUACACUUUACUUUUCAGUUUGCGUGAAAAUGCGAAGAAACAAAAAGAAACAAAUUCUAAACACCCUCGCUCAUUAUGUUUCUCAUUUCCUUAGGUUUAGUAUGAACAGCAAGUCAAUCUCCUCACGCCCAAUUCACUCGUUGGCAUUGGCAAAGAAAACUUUUUAGCGCUUUGCGUGCGACGCGAAUACGGUUUAUGUAAAUAACGUAUAAGUGAUAUACGAGCGAGUGUGAUGAUAAUGCAACGCAGAGGAUGGAACAUUUCUGUCAUCGUAAUCAUCGAUAAUUAUUCAUGGAAUAAAAUACAAAAAAAAAUAUACGUGGAAAUGGAAAAACUACCUGCAGUCACUAACGAUUAAUCGUAAAAAUAGAUAUACACGAAUUACUAUAAAUGUACGAGAAAAUCGUCGUGAUUAACUGUGAAGAGGGAUGAGUAAAGUGUUGCACUCAAGAAAAUUACUCUAAUGUUUUACUAAGUUUUACGAGGAAUGAUGAUUAUACUUUAGGGUUUCGAGAGAGCCAUUUUUUUUUGCUUAUGUAUCUUUCCUUUUUGCGAGUAUAAUAAAUAAGUAUGUCAUGUUCAAUUGACAAAAAAGAAUCUAUUUUUAUUUUAAAUAAUACAAGUCACUGCUAUAACGCUCUUCGAAAUUCUGAAUUGUCUCAUUCUUAAAUGAUUAUUUACUAUC